GUGCUGUUCAGUAUUGAGGUAACGUCUACGUUCUUUGCGGUGAGGAAUUACUGGAGAGGGUUCUUCGCUGCCACCUUCAGUGCCUUCAUCUUCAGAGUCCUGGCCGUGUGGAAUAGAGACGAGGGUAAGACCGGUCUACAUGUAUACUGAACAAAAAUAUAAGCGCAACAUGUAAAGUGUUGGUCCCAUGUUUCAUGAGCUGAAAUAAAAGAUCACCAUUUUCGAUACGCACAAAAAACGUAUUUCUCUCAAAUUUGGUGCACAAAUCUGUUUACAUCCCUGUUAGUGAGCAUUUCUCAUUUGCCAAGAUAAUCCAUCCACCUGACAGGUGUGGCUUAUCAAGAAGCUGAUUAAACAGCAUGAUCAUUACAGCCACCCAGACAGCUGAUGAAACUGUGGGUUUGUGCAACUGAAUGAAUUUCUGCACAAACUGUCAGAAACUGUCUUAGGGAAGCUCAUCUGCGUGCUCGUCAUCCUCACCAGGGUCUUGAAUUGACUGCAGUUCGGCAUCGUAACCGACUUCAAUGGGCAAAUGCUCACCUUCGUUGGCCACUGGCAAGCUAGAGAAGUGUGCUCUUCAUGGAUGAAUCCCGGAUUCAACUUUACUGGGCAGAUUGAAGUCAGCGUGUAUGGCGUCGUUUGGGCAAGCGGUUUGCUGAACGGAGUGCCCCAUGGUGGCGGUGAGGUUAUGGUAUGGGCAGGCAUAAGCUACGGACAACAAACACAAUUGCAUUUUAACUAUGGCAGUUUGAAUGCAUAGAGAUACCGUGACGAGAUCCUGAAGCCCAAUGUCGUGCCAUUUAUCCCCCGCCAUUACCUCAUGUUUCAGCAUGAUAAUGCACGGCCCUAUGUCGCAAGGAUCUGUACACAAUUCCUGGAAGCUGAAAAUGUCCCAGUUCUUUCAUGGCCUGCAUACUCAGCAGACAUCUCACCCAUUGAGCAUGUUUGGGAUGCUCUGGAUCAACAUGUACGACAGUGUGUUCCUGUUCCCGCCAAGCAGGUAGCUUAGUGGCCAAACAGGUAGCUUAGUGGCCAAACAGGUAGCUUCGUGGUUAAGAGCGUUGUGCCAGUAACCGAAAGGUCGCUGGUUCUAAUCCCCGAGCUGACUAGGUGAAAAAUCUGUCUGUGUCCUUGAGCAAGGCACUUAACCCUAAUUGCUCCUGUAAGUCGCUCUGGAUAAGAGCGUCUGCUAAAUGACAAAAAAAUUAAAUAAUACACAGCCAUUGAAGAGGAGUAGGUCCACAUUCCACAAUCAACAGCCUGAUCAACUCUAUGCGAAGGAGAUGUGUUGCGCUGCAUGAGGCAAAUGGUGGUCACACCAGAUACUGACUGGUUUUCUGAUCCACGCCCUUACCUUUUUUUAAGGUAUCUGUGACCAACAGAUGCAUAUCUGUGUUCCCAGUCAUGUGAAAUCCAUAGAUUAGGGCCUAUUGAAUUUAUUUCAAUUGACUGAUUUCCUUACAUGAACUGUAACUCAGGAAAAUCUUUAUAAUUGUUGCAUGUUGCGUAAACAUGUUUUUUGUGUAUAUGGGUCACUCCACCAAUUGGGUGCCUUUUGAGAUGUCAAAAUAUAUUUUGAUUUCACCUCAUUUUAACAUUGUCAUAAAGGGCACAUGUUCAACUUCAUAAAAAACAAGUUUUCCCAUCUCUGGAGGUUAAAUUAAAAGUGAGUUAUAGGAAGUGCCUAUCAAGUGUCAAAUAAAGUAACAGGGUUGUUAAAUCGGCCAGAAAUCAGCCAGAAAUCCCCUUGUGAAAUGGGGAAUGGAAGCUUGUUGUGUGCGACAGGGAGGAGCAAUUGUGUGCAAGCGUCACAAUUUUUUAUUAUUAUUAAGAUUUGUACCCUGUCUAUCUAUGGGUAACCGGUUGAUGUGUUGUGUUCGACCCGCUCAGUUUUCCACCACAAAACACCAGAAAAUGGCCAAAAAGAGUACAACCAGCUAACCUGCUUUUACACCAUGACAGAUGUAAAUUAAUCACAUUAAAUAAAUAAUAAUCUUCAGAACUGACUUUGUCAAAGCAACAGAGGGUGCAUGGAGGGACAUGUCAAAAUGCAGUUUUAACACUUUAGCAAGCCUUUAUUCAUACACUAGCAGUGAAAAGUUUGGACACACCUACUCAUUCCAGGGUUUUUCUUUAUUUUUACUAUUUUUUACAUUGUAGAAUAAUAGUGAAGACAUCAAAACUAUGAAAUAACACAGAAUCAUGUAGUAACCAAAGAAUUGUUAAACAAAUCAAAAUAUAUUUGAGAUUCUUCAAAUAGCCACCCUUAAAAAUAAAGAAUAACCCUUGAAUGAGUAGGUGUGUCCAAACUUUUGAUUGGUACAGAUUUAUUGAAUUCUCCAUGUGGUCUAUAUUAAAGGGCACUUCAUUAAAUAUAACAGACUUUUAAAAUUCAAUAUUGGUGCACAAUUUCUACUUAAAAUAUUCAAGGGACGCAAAAGGCACUCAUUUCGUGGAACGACCCAUAUAUUGUAUAUUGCCCCAAUCAAACAUUGAGGUAAGGUCUGUACUGUGUAUAUAGCCCCUUAAAAACAUUUUUUGAUAAGGAUGAAUCACUCUCUAUUUCUCUCUCCCUCCCUCCUAAACAGAGACCAUCACAGCUCUGUUUAAAACCAGUUUCCGUCUGGACUUUCCCUUUGACCUCCAGGAGCUCCCAGCCUUCGCUGUCAUUGGGUGAGUCUAAGUUGGCCUCAGUUAGCCAGUGAAUGCUGGUGUGAGGGUUCAGGAGGAUAGCCUCCUGACGUUAGUCACCUAAUAUGGAUAAUUCAGCCAGUGAGGUGGUGCAUUUAGGACAUCUUAUUUUAGCUUGCUGUUACGGUAGUAGCGUAGCCUCCGGGCUUACCACAGAACUGAAUUAGACCAGAGCCUCACAGGGGAGGGAGGGAGAGAGAGAGAGAGAGAGAGAAAGAGGGGGGGCUGCUGGGGAGAUGGAUAAAGAGGGGAGUCUCUCUCUCUCUCUCUCUCUCUCUCUCUCUCUCUCUCUCUCUCUCUCUCUCUCUCUCUCUCUCUCUCUCUCUCAGAUGAAAGAACAGCCCUGUGCUUAACGGCUCCCAAAGAGAAGAAAAUCCCUAUUUCUUUCCUCCUUUUUGUCUGGAGGAUGUCCUCCCACUUGGGAUCUGAGCAGAACAUAAUCUAACAAAACGCUGCCUCCAGAGAACAGCCGUCUUAUCACACUUUUAGAGAGGGAGUUUGUUGUGUGUCUGUACGCACGCCCCUGCAUGUGUGUAUGUUGGUAUCCUCUCCCUCGCCAAUGCCUUGAUGUCUUAUGGGGAAAGUCGGUCAGUGUUUCAGUUAACUCGGACAGAGAGAGAGCGGGGGAGGUUUGUCUCCUCUGCUACAUGCUAGAUGGGGCAAACCUUUGUGUAGUAAACCCCUUCUAGCUCUGGGAUAAUGUUUCAAACUUUCACUGGUACUCAGAUGUGGCGUUCUGAGAAUAUACACACGUACAUACAUACACACGUUUCAGAGAAUGGCUUUAAAACGUGUACAAAUGAUUCUACGUCAUCUAUUCAUAAUUUAUUCAGGAGUAUUUGACAGAAUUAAUUAUGCAGGAACAUGAAUAUAUGAGCAUUCAUAUACUUGGCGGUAGCUCAAGGGGAACUUUGGAAAGUACUUCUAAAAGGGCCCUGCUUGAUUCUGGUGGCUCUCUGUCCUACAACCACUUACACAAAGUGGACACAUACUGGAUAAAACACAAGCUUAUAUACGUAAACCUGUCUCUCUCUCUCUUUCUCCACCUCAUUUUGUUCUUUUAAUCUCCCUGUCCCUCUUCUCUCCAUUGCCCCUCUCCCUCUUCUCCGCGCUCAACCCUCCCUCCUCUCUCUCCACAGUAUUGCCAGUGGUUUUGGUGGGGCGUUGUUUGUCUACCUGAACAGACUGAUAGUCCAGUUCAUCAGGAAACAGAAGACCAUCAACAAGUUCCUCAUGAAGAAGUAAGUCAUUACGUCAGACAGUGGCCCCUACUGGGUCCCGGAGAGUCCCUGUAUCCUAGUGUCUCACUCUCUCUCUCUCACACACACACACACACACACACACACAUAUUUAGCUCCUUUGAUGCAGAUCUCUCCACAGCAGAGAUAAAUGAAGACAUUCAUCUUGACAAGUGUUUAUUAAUGAAUGGUGUUUACUCAUCUCCCUACCAGAUGAAUUAACGAUUCUCAGACUUCUAAAUUAAUGUCAUGUUUUGUAUAUCACUCAGCCAUGGAAGGGUUUGGGGACAGUUUGGUUAUGAAGAAUAAACAGUAAUGACUCAACACCCUCUCGCCUCGUCCUCUCCCCCUCCUUCUCUCUUUCCUCUCCCUCUCACCCUCCCUCUUACUCUCCUCUCCCUCUCACCCUCCCUCCCGCUUCCUCUCACCCUCCCUCCCUCUCUUCUCUCAGGCGUCUGCUGUACCCAGCCCUGGUCACUCUGCUGGUGUCUACGCUAACCUUUCCCCCCGGCUUCGGACAGUUCAUGGCAGGCAAGGUUAGUUCCACUAAGCCACACCAUGGCCGGUGUGGGCUGGUCAUCAUCUCACAGGAGAAAUCAGAGGGAGGGAGGGGGGAGGUAAGCCAGUUGAGAACAAGUUCUCAUUUACAACUGCGACCUGGCCAAGAUGAAGCAAAGCAGUGCGGUAAAAACAACAACAACACAGAGUUACAUAUGGGAUAAACAAAACAUACAGUCAAUAACACAAUAGAAAAUCUAUAUACAGUGUGUGCAAAUGUAGUAAGUUAUGGAGGUAAGGCAAUAAAUAUGCCAUAGUGCAAAAUAAUUACAAUUAUAAUUUAGUAUUAACACUGGAGUGAAAGAUGUGCAGAAGAUGAUGUGCAAAUAGAGAUACUGGGGUGCAAAUUAGCAAAAUAAAUAACAAUGUAAACAAUAUGGAGAUGAGGUAGUUGGGUGGGCUAAUUACAGAUGGGCUGUGUACAGGUGCAGUGAUCGGUAAGCUGCUAUGACAACUGAUGCUUAAAGAUAGUGAGGGAGAUAAGAGUCUCCAGCUUCAGAGAUUUUUGCAGUUCGUUCCAGUCAUUUGCAGCAGAGAACUGGAAGGAAUGGCGGCCAAAGGAGGUGUUGGCUUUGGGGAUGACCACUGAGAUAUACCUGCUGGAACGUAGACUACGGGUGGGUGUUGCUAUGGUAACCUAUGAGCUAAGAUAAGGCGGGGAUUUGCCUAGAAGUGAUUUAUAGAUGACCUGGAGCCAGUGGGUUUGGCGACAAAUAUGUAGUGAGGGCCAGCCAACAGGUCACAAUGGUGGGUAGUAUAUGGGGUUUUGGUGACAAAACGGAUGGCACUGUGAUAGACUACAUCCAAUUUGCUGAGUAGAGUGUUGGAAGCUAUUUUGUAAAUGACAUCGCCGAAGUCAAGGAUCGGUAGGAUAGUCAGUUUUACGAGGGCAUGUUUAGCAGCAUGAGUGAAGGAGGCUUUGUUGCGAAAUAGGAAGCCGAUUCUAGAUUUAACUUUGGAUUGGAGAUGCUUAAUGUGAGUCUGGAAGGAGAGUUUACGGUCUAACCAGACACCUAGGUAUUUGUAGUUGUCCACAUAUUCUAAGUCAGACCCGCCGAGAGUAGUGAUUCUAGUCGGGCAGGCGGGUGCAAGCAGCGUUCGAUUGAAGAGCAUGCAUUUAGUUUUACUAGUGUUUAAGAGCAGUUGGAGGCCACGGAAGGAGUGUUGUAUGGCAUUGAAGCUCGUUUGGAGGUUUGUUAACACAGUGUCCAAUGAAGGGCCAGAUGUAUACAUUAACAGACACAUCUCAACAUCAGCUGUUCAGAGGAGACUGCAUGAAUCAGGCCUUCAUGGUCUACUAAAGGACACUAAUAAGAAGAGACCUGCUUGGGCCAAGAAACACGAGCAAUGGACAUUAGACCGGUGGAAGUUUCCUAUUGGUCUGAGUCCAAAUUUGAGAUUUUUGGUUCCAACCGCUGUGUUUUUGUGAGACGCAGAGAAGGUGAACGGAUCAUCUCCACAUGUGUGGUUCCCACCGUGAAGCAUGGAGGAGGAGUGAAGGUGUGGGGGUGCUUUGCUGGUGACGCUGUCUGUGAUUUAUUUAGAAUUCAAGGCACAAUUAACCAGCAUGGCUACCACAGCAUUCUGCAGCGAUAUGCCAUCCCAUCUGGUUUGCGCUUAGUGGGACUGUGUAACUCAAAACACACCUCCAGGCUGUGUAAGGGCUAUUUGACCAAGGAGAGUGAUGGAGAGCUACAUCAGAUGAUCUGGCCUCCACAAUCCACCGACCUCAACCCAAUUGAGAUGGUUUGGGAUGAGUUGGACCGCAGAGUGAAGCAAAAGCAGCCAACAAGUGCUCAGCAUAUGUGGGAACUACUUCAAGACUGUUGGAAAAGCAUUCCUCAUUAAGCUGGUUGAGAGAAUACCAAGAGUGUGCAAAGCUGUCAUCAAGGCAAAGGGUGGCUACUUUGAAGAAUCUAAAAUCUAAAACAUAUUUGUUUAAAACUUUUUUUGGUUACUACAUGAUUCCAUAUGUGUUAUUUCAUAGUUUUGAUGUCUUCACUAUUAUUCUACAAUGUAGAAUUUAGUAAAAAAUAAAGAAAAACCCUUGAAUGAGUAGGUGUGUCCACAUUUCUGACUGGUACUGUAUAUAUACACUACCGUUCAAAAGUUUGGGGUCACUUAGAAAGAAAAGCAAAUUUUUUGUCCAUUAAAAGAACAUAAAAUUGAUCAGAAAUACAGUGUAGACAUUGUUAAUGUUGUAAAUGGCUAUUGUAGCUGGAAACAGCUGAUUUUUAAUGGAAUAUCUACAUAGGCCCAUUAUCUGCAACCAUCAGUCCUGUGUUCCAAUGGCACGUUGUGUUUGCUAAUCCAAGUUCAUCAUUUUAAAAGGCUAAUUGAUCAUUAGAAAACCCUUUUGCAAUUAUGUUAGCACAGCUGGAAACUGUUGUGCUGAUUAAAGAAACAAUAAAACUAGCCUUCUUGAGACUAGUUGAGUAUCUGGAGCAUCAGCAAUUGUGGGUUCGAUUACAGGCACAAAAUGGCCAGAAACAACGAACUUUCUUCUGAAACUCGUCAGUCUAUUCUUGUUCUGAGAAAUGAAGGCUAUUCCAUGUGAGAAAUUGUCAAGAAACUGAAGAUCUCGUACAACGCUGUAGCUCAGUUGGUAGAGCAUGGCGCAUGCAAUGCCAGGGUUGUGGGUUCGUUUCCCACGGGGGGCCAGUAUGAAAAAUGUAUGCACUCACUAACUGUAAGUCGCUCUGGAUAAGAGCGUCUGCUAAAUGACUAAAAUGUAAAUGUGUGUGUAUAUAUAUAAAUGGAAUAGACAACAGGUGGAAAUUAUAGAAAAUUAGCAAGACACCCCCAAUAAAGGACUGGUUUUGCAGGUGGUGACCACAGACCACUUCUCAGUUCCUAUGCUUCCUGGCUGAUGUUUUGGUCACUUUUGAAUGCUGGUGGUGCUUUCACUCUAGUGGUAGCAUGAGACGAAGUCUACAACCCACACACGUGGCUCAGGUAGUGCAGCUCAUCCAGGAUGGCACAUCAAUGCGAGCUGUGGCAAGAAGGUUUGCUGUGUCUGUCAGCGUAGUGUCCAGAGCAUGGAGGCGCUACCAGGAGACAGGCCAGUACAUCAGGAGACGUGGAGGAGGCCGUAGGAGGGCAACAACCCAGCAGCAGGACUGCUACCUCCGCAUUUGUGCAAGGAGGAGCAUGAGGAGCACUGCCAGAGCCCUGCAAAAUGACCUCCAGCAGGCCACAAAUGUGCAUGUGUCUGCUCAAACGGUCAGAAACAGACUCCAUGAGGGUGGUAUGAGGGCCCGACGUCCACAGGUGGGGGUUGUGCUUACAGCCCAACACCGUGCAGGACGUUUGGCAUUUGCCAGAGAACACCAAGAUUGGCAAAUUCGCCACUGGCGCCCUGUGCUCUUCACAGAUGAAAGCAGGUUCACACUGAGCACGUGACAGAGUCUGGAGACGCCGUGGAGAACGUUCUGCUACCUGCAACAUCCUCCAGCAUGACCAGUUUGGCGGUGGGUCAGUCAUGGUUUGGGGUGGCAUUUCUUUGGGGGGCCGCACAGCCCUCCAUGUGCUCGCCAGAGGUAGCCUGACUGCCAUUAGGUACCGAGAUGAGAUCCUCAGACCCCUUGUGAGACCAUAUGCUGGUGCGGUUGGCCCUGGGUUCCUCCUAAUGCAAGACAAUGCUAGACCUCAUGUGGCUGGAGUGUGUCAGCAGUUCCUGCAAGAGGAAGGCAUUGAUGCUAUGGACCGCCCGUUCCCCAGACCUGAAUCCAAUUGAGCACAUCUGGGACAUCAUGUCUCGCUUUAGUCCAGGUCUGGGAGGAGAUCCCUCAGGAGACCAUCCGCCACCUCAUCAGGAGCAUGCCCAGGCGUUGUAGGGAGGUCAUACAGGCACGUGGAGGCCACACACACUACUGAGCCUCAUUUUGACUUGUUUUAAGGACAUUACAUCAAAGUUGGAUCAGCCUGUAGUGUGGUUUUCCACUUUAAUUUUGAAAGUGACUCCAAAUCCAGAUCUCCAUGGGUUGAUAAAUUUGAUUUCCAUUGAUAAUUUUUGUGUGAUUUUGUUGUCAGCACAUUCAACUAUGUAAAGAAAAAAGUAUUUAAUAAGACUAUUUCAUUCAUUCAGAUCUAGGAUGUGUUAUUUUAGUGUUCCCUUUAUUUUUUUGAGCUGUGUAUAUAUAUAUAUAUCUCAAAUCAAAUCAAAUUUUAUUGGCCACAUGAGCCGAAUACAACAGGUGCAGACAUUACAGUGAAAUGCUUACUUACAGCCCUUAACCAACAGUGCAUUUAUUUUUAACAAAAAAGUAAAAAUAAAACAACAACAAAAAAAGUGUUGAGAAAAAAAGAGCAGAAGUAAAAUAAAAUAACAGUAGGGAGGCUAUAUAUACAGGGGGGUACCGGUGCAGAGUCAAUGUGCGGGGGCACCGGCUAGUUGAGGUAGUUGAAGUAAUAUGUACAUGUGGGUAGAGUUAAAGUGACUAUGCAUAAAUAAUUAACAGAGUAGCAGCAGCGUAAAAGGAUGGGGUGGGGGGGCAGUGCAAAUAGUCCAGGUAGCCAUGAUUAGCUGUUCAGGAGUCUUAUGGCUUGGGGGUAGAAGCUGUUGAGAAGUCUUUUGGACCUAGACUUGGCACUCCGGUACCGCUUGCCGUGCGGUAGCAGAGAGAACAGUCUAUGACUAGGGUGGCUGGAGUCUUUGACAAUUUUGAGGGCCUUCCUCUGACACCGCCUGGUAUAGAGGUCCUGGAUGGCAGGAAGCUUGGCCCCAGUGAUGUACUGGGCCGUACGCACUACCCUCUGUAGUGCCUUGCGGUCGGAGGCCAAGCAGUGGGGAGAACAAGUAUUUGAUACACUGCCGAUUUUGCAGGUUUUCCUACUUACAAAGCAUGUAGAGGUCUGUAAUUUUUAUCAUAGGUACACUUCAACUGUGAGAGACGGAAUCUAAAACAAAAAUCCAGAAAAUCACAUUGUAUGAUUUUUAAGUAAUUAAUUUGCAUUUUAUUGCAUGACAUAAGUAUUUGAUCACCUACCAACCAGUAAGAAUUCCGGCUCUCACAGACCUGUUAGUUUUUCUUUAAGAAGCCCUCCUGUUCUCCACUCAAUACCUGUAUUAACUGCACCUGUUUGAACUCGUUACCUGUAUAAAAGACACCUGUCCACACACUCAAUCAAACAGACUCCAACCUCUUCACAAUGGCCAAGACCAGAGAGCUGUGUAAGGACAUCAGGGAUAAAAUUGUAGACCUGCAUAAGGCUGGGAUGGGCUACAGGACAAUAGGCAAGCAGCUUGGUGAGAAGGCAACAACUGUUGGCGCAAUUAUUAGAAAAUGGAAGAAGUUCAAGAUGACGGUCAAUCACCCUCGGUCUGGGGCUCCAUGCAAGAUCUCACCUCGUGGGGCAUCAAUGAUCAUGAGGAAGGUGAGGGAUCAGCCCAGAACUACACGGCAGGACCUGGUCAAUGACCUGAAGAGAGCUGGGACCACAGUCUCAAAGAAAACCAUUAGUAACACACUAUGCCGUCAUGGAUUAAAAUCCUGCAGCGCACGCAAGGUCCCCCUGCUCAAGCCAGCGCAUGUCCAGGCCCGUCUGAAGUUUGCCAAUGACCAUCUGGAUGAUCCAGAGGAGGAAUGGGAGAAGGUCAUGUGGUCUGAUGAGACAAAAAUAUAGCUUUUUGGUCUAAACUCCACUCGCCGUGUUUGGAGGAAGAAGAAGGAUGAGUACAACCCCAAGAACACCAUCCCAACCGUGAAGCAUGGAGGUGGAAACAUCAUUCUUUGGGGAUGUUUUUCUGCAAAGGGGACAGGACGACUGCACUGUAUUGAGGGGAGGAUAGAUGGGGGCCAUGUAUCGCGAGAUCUUGGCCAACAACCUCCUUCCCUCAGUAAGAGCAUUGAAGAUGGGUCGUGGCUGGGUCUUCCUGCAUGACAACGACCCGAAACACACAGCCAGGGCAACUAAGGAGUGGCUCCGUAAGAAGCAUCUCAAGGUCCUGGAGUGGCCUAGCCAGUCUCCAGACCUGAACCCAAUAGAAAAUCUUUGGAGGGAGCUGAAAGUCCGUAUUGCCCAGCGACAGCCCCGAAACCUGAAGGAUCUGGAGAAGGUCUGUAUGGAGGAGUGGGCCAAAAUCCCUGCUGCAGUGUGUGCAAACCUGGUCAAGACCUUCAGGAAACGUAUGAUCUCUGUAAUUGCAAACAAAGGUUUCUGUACCAAAUAUUAAGUUCUGCUUUUCUGAUGUAUCAAAUACUUAUGUCAUGCAAUAAAAUGCAAAUUAAUUACUUAAAAAUCAUACAAUGUGAUUUUCUGGAUUUUUGUUUUAGAUUCCGUCUCUCACAGUUGAAGUGUACCUAUGAUAAAAAUUACAGACCUCUACAUGCUUUGUAAGUAGGUAAACCUGCAAAAUCGGCAGUGUAUCAAAUACUUGUUCUCCCCACUGUAUAUAUAUAAUAAUAAUAAUCCUUAUCAAUCUACACACAAUACCCCAUAGUGACAAAGCAAAAACGGUUUUUAGAAAUGUUUGCAAAUGUAUUAAAAAUAAAAAACAGACCUUAUUUACAUAAGUAUUCAGACCCUUUGUUAUGAGACUCGAAAUUGAGCUCAGGUGCAUCCUGUUUCCAUUGAUCAUCCUUAAGAUGUUUCUACAACUUGAUUGGAGUCCACCUCUGGUAAAUUAAAUUGAUUGGACACGAUUUAGAAAGGCUCACACCUGUCUAUAUAAGGUCCCACAGUUGACAGUGCAUGUCAGAGCAAAAACCAAGCCAUGAGGUCGAAGGAAUUGUCCGUAGAGCUCCGAGACCGGUUUGUGUCAAGGACAGAUCUGGGGAAGGGUACCAAAACAUUUCUGCAGCAUUGAAUGUCCCCAAGAACACAUAGACCUCCAUAAUUCUUAAAUGGAAGAAGUUUGGAACCACCAAGAGCUGGCUGCCCGGCCAAACUGAGCAAUCGGGGGAAGAAGGGCCUUGGUCAGGGAGGUGACCAAGAACCCAAUGGUCACUCUGAAUGAGCUCCAGAGUUCCUCUGUGGAGAUGGGAGAUCCCUUCCAGAAGGACAACCAUCUCUGCAGCACUCCACCAAUCAGGCCUUUAUGGUAGAGUGGCCAGACGGAAGCCACUCCUCAGUAAAAGGCACAUGACAGCCCGCUUGGAGUUUGCCAAAAGGCACCUGAAGGACUCUCGGAUCAUGAGAAACAAGAUUCUCUUGUCUGAUGAAACCAAGAUUGAACUCUUUGGCCUUAAUGCGAAGCGUCACGUCUGGAGGAAACCUGGCACCAUCCCUACGGUGAAGAAUGGUGGUGGCAGCGUCAUGCUGUGGGGAUGUUUUUCAGCGGCAGGGACUGGGAGACUAGUCAGGAUCGAGGUAAAAAUGAAUGGAGCAAAGUACAGAGAUCCAUUAUGAAAACCUGCUCCAGAGAAGGUUCACCUUCCAACAGGACAAUGACCCUAAGCACUUAGCCAAGACUACGCAGGAGUGGCUUCAGGACAAGUCCAUGAGUGGCACACCCAUAGCCCGGACUUGAACCCGAUUGAACGUCUCUAUAAAGACCUGAAAAUAGCUGUGCAGCAACGCUCCCCAUCCAAUCUGACAAAGCUUGAGAGGAUCUGCAGAGAAGAAUGGGAGAAACUCCCCAAAUACAGGUGUGCCAAGCUUGUAGCAUCAUACCCAAGAAGAAUCAAGGCUGUAAUCGCUGCCAAAGGUGCUUCAACAAAGUACUGAGUAAAGGGUCUGAAUACUUAUGGAAAUGUGAUAUUUCAGUUUUAAAUUUUUUAUUAAUUUGCUAACAUUUCAAAAAUACUGUUUUUGCUUUGUCAUAAUGGGUAUUGUGUGUAGAUUGAUGAAGGGAAAUAAACCAUUUAAUCCAUUUUAGAAUAAUGCUGUAACAUAACAAAAUGUGGAAAAAGUCAAGGGGUCUGAAUACUUUCAGAGUGCACUGGAAUGUCACUUCCUGUUUCCCCAUGCAGCUGACCCAGAAGGAGUCCCUGGUGACGUUGCUAGACAACCGGACAUGGGCCAAGCAGGGCAUAGCCGAGGGAUUUGACUACAUCGGCAACUCCCAGGCCUGGAAUCACCCCCAGGUCAACGUCUUCGUCACCCUCGUCCUCUUCAUCGUAAUGAAGGUAGGCACACAUCGUCAUCAUCAUCCACUUUGUUCUCAUCUCUCCUCUUCUUUAUAAUCACCAGUUAUUUUUUAAUUCCCUGUUACUUUACUCCCUCCCCACUACAUGUGGCGUGUCUCAAUAGUCUGCAGUAACGUCCUUCCCAUUUGACAUGACAGGUGAAGGUAAUAUGACAGGAUCCUGUCCAGUCAUUUCAAUGGAAGGAGAGGAGUAUUGAGACCCAGCCCAGUGUUGUAUAAGGGUUAAGCUUGAGGUGUAUUAAGACCCAGCCCAGUGUUAUAUGAGGGUUAGGUUUCUGAAGUAUUGAGACCCAGCCCAGUGUUAUAUGAGGGUUAGGUUUCCGAAGUUUUGAGACCGAGCCCAGUGUUAUGAGGGUUAGGGUUAUGGUGUAUUGAGACCCAGCCCAGUGUUAUAUGCUGGUUAUGGUGUAUUGAGACCCAGCCCAGUGUUAUAUGAGGGUUAGGGUUGUGGUGUAUUGAGACCCAGCCCAAUGUUAUAUGAGGGUUAGGGUUGUGGCAUAUUGAGACCCAGCCCAGUGUUAUAUGAGGGCAGGUGAAGCAGCAUGUUAUUACCUUGUUGGGAUUUGAUUAGGUUUUUAUGUAACCUUUGUUUAUCCAGGUUCUUCCAUCUAGCAUCUCACAUGAAAUAUCCCCUUUUAAAAGAGAACCGCAGAACUGCUGUUGUAAAUCUUGUUCGCUCGCUGCGUUGUGUGUGUGUGUGAGAGAGAGAGAGGCAAUAGGCUGUGUGUAUCGAGUAAACCAAGUGUGUAAUGCAGUUAAAGUCCCUGGAUAGCGAGGAACCACAGAGGGAUGGAGAGAGACAAGUGUGUGGUGUGUGUGGAGAGGGACUGAGGGGAGAGUGCUAGAGCAGUAAAGUUAUAUAACCGUUAGAUAUUGAGUGUGAUGAUCCUGCUGUAAUAGAAGAUAAAUACACUCUAUACACUCUUUCUCUCCUUUGCCUUCUCGCUCAUCCUAGCUCUCUCUUUCUUUGCCUUUUGUCUCUCACAAAAUCAGAAAAGAAAACGUCAUUAUACUUUGUGGAACCCAGUGAGACCAAUCUACUCUAAAUGAAUCUACUCCACUCCAACCAAUUCUCUUUCUCUCCACUUCACCCCUCGCCCUGUCUCUCAUUGAUACAGUAGAGUGUGUCCAUCUUGUCCUCUCCUUCCUCUUCUGUCUUGUCCUGAAAUCAGACACCUUUACUGUCCCCCCUCUGACGGUGCUGUCCAAUCCCAUCCCCCCGUUCCUCCAACGUCACUCCCAAGGGCGUAACUUGUGUGUGUGUGUGUGGCCCGCUACUGUAUAUGGGGCAGUAUUUCUGCUCCAUUUUUUGACGUUGUCACUAACUUUGUGUGUGUGCCCGCUGUCCUCAAUAGAGGUAGUAUUUUUGGCCUUACAUGCAUACGUAGUCAACUUCACUCACACAUCUCUUACAGAACUUAGACGCACAUACGCGCACGCACACUAACUCGGACGCACACAAAGUGUGUCUGCUGGGAUGAUGUCUAAUUACAUGGUAUAGUUUAAAGAGCCCAGAGUGGUAGUUUCUUCCACACUAUGCAAAUGGCCCAAGCUUUUAUUAGACACAGACAGACAUUCUAUGGAUAGAUUUUCUCCUCUCUAUGAUAUUACUCAUAGGCUGCCUUCUCUAUAGCAGACUGACUGUUUUUAGCUAGCACACUGCAUUGAGACAGCUUUUUGACCCCUAUAGGUUUUUUGCAGUCCUUCUCCAGUCCUCUGUUGGAGGGUGGUGGCAGCCCAGCAAUUGGAGUGGGAAUAGGAGUAGGGCCCUUGGAGGCCCCUAGGGGCCUGGGCGAUAGACUGUCACACACACACCCUUCUGAUGACUGACACAUUCAAUCGAGUAUAAAUGUCCCCGCUACUGCGUCAAAACUUUUCCCCUUGACCCCGCUUUCCUCCCCAUCCCUCUCUCCCUCUUUCUCCUUCUCUCUUUGUCAUUUCCCCCUCUUUUUUUUUUAUUCCGUUCCAUCUUUGUUUCCCUCUGAUUCCCCGCUUUUUUUCGUCCAUCUCCUCUACUCCCUCGGCUCUCUUCCUCUUUCCCUUUUUUUUUCUCCCUCGCUCACAUCUCGCUCUCUCACCCCUGUCUCUGUGGGAUUAAAGGAACUGUUAAUGACGCUUUAGCUGACGUCUUAUUCACAUAUGGGAAUGCUGGAGCAGGUGUGAGCCCUCAGGAAGAGGUGUGUCUCCAGCUCUGCCUGUUUCUCUAUAAACCAUAUAAACUGCUCCAUUACCAUAGAAACGUCCAUCUCCCUUUUACAGGCCCACACCUGUGGCCUUGUAUGUCUUUUACUGUCUGUCUGUCUGUCUGUGCUUUUGCUCUGAGAAAGAGAGCGAGAGAAAUGACAGAGAACAGCGUUAGAGAAGAGACAUGGAGGAAGCAAGAGUCAAAAGAAACUAGGAAAAGUGACAUUUAAAGGAAGUAUAAAGACGUGUAUAAAGGAGAAAUAGGAGAGGACUAUAGCUGCUAUACAGGAGGAUGUUACAGGAGGAUGUUACAGGAGGAUGUUACAGGAGGAUGUUGAUGGCGUAGAUGUUCCCAUUGUUUUGCAAUGAUUGCAUCAGCUAUUUUAUGACCACCUUCCGCUGUCAUUCUGUAAAGGUUAUUGGUUCUGUCACAGAAGGUCAGUAUUCAGGGAUUCUGUAACUUGGGAUUACUUUGUGUGUGUGUGAUUGCGCGUGUGUGGUAGUUGAAGUCCCGUCUUGCAGCAUCCCAAGGUCCCCCUGGUCUGAAAGUCAUAUCUGAGGUAUAGUAGGUGAUACUCUACUGUCCUCUGAGGCCAUGAUGAUACAGUAAUGAUGAAGCCAUACCUGUCUGCUCAUACCUGCGUGAGUCAGCAAGAGCAUCGCCUAGGUAACCCCGUGACAGGGAGGGAAGAACCCAGGGUGACUGUCACUGGGCAGGAAGUCAACGUCACCACCGCCCGUCACCAUGGGAAUACUGCCCUGCCUGCUGUCCUAGCGAUUGCCGCUGAAGGAGAAGUGAUGUCAUCGCACCCUGCCAACAUUAUUUGCCUCUCACCUGUGUGUGUGCACGCGCGUGUGUGUAAGACAGAGGGGACUAAUUACUAGAGCAGUAGAGCUGACCAUGUCCAAAUAAUGAUUUUAUAUCAAACAUGGCAGUCAACAGAAACCAAGCCAGGUCUCCUCUCUUCUCAUUAGAGACGAGAGAGAGAGAGAGAGAGAGAGAGAGGGGAAAAGAGGGAUAGAGAGGGAAGGAGGGAGAGAAGGAGGGAGGGCGGGCGGGGAGGGGAGGUUGAAAAAGGAGAGUGUUGGAAGAGAGCUGUGUUACUGUUAGGUAAGACUAUUCAGUUCUAGGGAACCCUGUAACAUUAAACUGAAUACGUAGAUUGACUUACAGGUAAUCUGUGGACUGUCUGCUCUGCAAUGCUGUGUGUGUGUCUUAUAGAAGUACACAAAUGCACUAGACAAAAAUACACACUCGCAGACAAUGGUUAUUUUUUUUUGUUUUUUUCUCUACACACACACACACACACACACACACACACACACACACACACACACACACACACACACACACGCUCCUCCGGUGACAUCUGAGUUCAUACCUCUGUAAUAACCUUAAGCCCAUGUUAUGAGUUUCCAGAUCCCUUAAACCCCUCUCCCUUAUUGAGGUUUGCCUAGACAGACCGUGUGUUUUCAUGCAGCACCUGUUGGAGAAGUUAGAUUGGCGUUGAGAUCAGAACCAUUUCCUGACCAUUUCCAUCAUGGUGCAUGGUAAUUGACAUCAUAACAUGGACUUAUUAAGUCAGGAUAUUACGUGUGGUGCCAAAUGGCAGCCCGCCACACACAUUCUUCUCUGCAAUGCUCCAUUUUCCAUCAAUCAAAUCAAAUUGUAUUUGUCACAUGCACCGAAUACAACAGGUGUAGACCUUACCAUGAAAUGCUUACUUACAAGCCCUUAACCAACAAUGCAGUUCAAGAAAUAGAGUUAAGAAAAUAUUUACUAAAGUAAACAUAAAUAAAGUAACACAAAUAAUAAUAACAUGGCUAUAUACAGGGGUACCGAGUCAAUGUGGGAGGGUACAGGAUUGUCGAGGUAAUUUGUACAUGUAGGUAGGGGUGAAGUGACUAUGCAUAAAUAAUAAACAGCGAUUAGCAGCAGUGUAAAAGCAAAGGAGGGGGGGGUCAGUGUAAAUAGUCCAGGUGGCCAUUUGAUUAAUUGUUCAGCAGUAUUAUGGCUUGGGGGGUAGAAGCUGUUAAGGAGCCUUUUGGACCUAGACUUGGCUCCUCGGUACUGCUUGCCGUCCGGUAGCAGAGAGAACAGUCUAUGACUUGGGUGACUGGAGUCUUUGACCAUUUUUUGGGCCUUCCUCUGAUCAAUGACUCCUGGUGUGUGUGUUUGUGCCAUGACACAGGUGUGUGUGUGUGUGAUGCAGUAAUCCCCAGUGUGUGGGGGGGGAUAGGUGUGAAAGCAGCGUAGGGUGUAGACUUACUGACAGAGAUCCAUUAGAUCACACUGGCAGCUGGGCUUAAUUACUGCUAACUAGAGAGGGAGGGAGGGAGAAAGCGGGAAAGAAAGAUGGAUAGGGGGAAAUGGAGAAGGAGAGAGGGAGAAGAGUGCAAUUAAGAGGUCUAUUUAAAGCUCUCUUUGGCUUGUGUGAAAGUUGUGUAGGGGUGUUUCAUUGUGUGGGAUUGUGGCUAUUGGAAAGGUGUGCGUGUUGCUAGUUUGCCAUGCAGUGUAUUUGUACAGUGUGUGUGCUUGCUUUUGUGUGUGUGUCAAAGGUGACUAGGCUUGGUCAGUAUCCAGAUUUUCAUACCGUCAUACCUCUGCCAUCCCGGGAUUUAAGGUAUUACAGGCAUAGCACACAAGGGGGCGCUAGAAACAAACAAAAAAACAAUUGGGCAUCCAUUACCAGAAUGCUAACACAAUUAGCACAAGUAAUAGCAAAACCACAUCGACGCUGUUAGCUAAAUGCUAACGACCGAAAACUAACAAACUAAUUGCAAAGACAGGCAAAUACAAGUGUAACUUCAUCACCUCAUGUGCGCCACACAACAGACACUCGCCGAUAGAUAUAGAACGCUACCGCAUUAUCCCGUUGUGCUAUUUACAAACAAACGUGACUGGCUCUGCUGUUCUGGGGAACUAUGGUAAGCUUCAUAAUGUAAAUAAUGUGACGGGUGAAAUGAAGAACGCAAUCUGCUUUAUCUCCUAACGAAUUGCACAAGUAGCUACAAAUAUUCAAAUGGAUUGAAAAACUUCAAAUAAAUAGUUUUGACGAUAUUCAAAAACCAUCCCAUAGCUUUUUCCAAAUGAAACGGUAUAUGGCCCAAGCCUAGCACUGGUGACAUUCUCUUUUUUGUUUGUCUCUAAUUAGCCGUCUCUUCCGUCAGCGGCGGGCGCAUCCUCCAAACAGCUCGCUCCGCUCCUUACGCAUCAAAUUAAGGCAGUGUGUGACAGUUCAAUCUCACCCCGAUGGGGACCUGAGCCUAUCACAAUGGAGAAUAUUCUGUCAUAGUGCAGAAUAAAAGACAGUACUGAUCAGAAGUCAGAGCAGCUGAGUUAAAUGGAGGAUUGUCCUGUUGGCUAACUGAAAUGCCACACUGUUCCCUCUGACUCUGUGCCUGUGUGUCUGUCUCAGUUCUGGAUGUCUGCUCUGGCCACCACCAUCCCUGUUCCCUGUGGAGCCUUCAUGCCAGUCUUCGUCAUUGGUAAGAUGUGUGUGUGUGUGUGUGUGUGUGUGUGUGUGUGUGUGUUUCAGCAAUAAUGUUAACCAUGCGGAUAUGCUACACUAUUCAGUCUUGUGAGUGUCUGUGUACCCAUAUGUUACUCUAUCAUUAACAGUGUGUGUGUGGUGUGUUCUAGGGGCAGCGUUUGGCCGUCUGGUCGGGGAGAGCAUGGCCGCCUGGUUCCCUGAUGGCAUCCACUCUGAUGGCACCAUCUACCCCAUAGUGCCAGGAGGCUACGCUGUCGUGGGUGAGAUACUGUAGAAACUAGACAACAUUAUUGUAACUAUUAGGAAGUGCAAAGCCAGAUACAAUAAGACACUGCUAGACACAGUAGUAAUAUAAAGCCAUUUAUGUCAAAGACAAAAACAACAUGAUGUCCCCUUUGGCAAAAUGUCUCUUAAAGUUGUUGCUAUGAGUGAUAUUGCUGUUAGCUUUGUUGUUGACUGUUGUGCUGAUUAUGCUGUUGUUCAGUGUUGGUGUUGAUGUCAUCUGUGUUUGUGUCUAGUGGGUGCUGAGUUGUUGACUCACCUCUAACUCAGCUUUCUCUCUCUGAUGAGCCCUCUUUCAUCUCAGCAUGGCUACAUUUGACCCUAUUUUUUUCUCUCUCUCUCUCUCUCUCUCCCUCUUUCUCUCUUGCUCUCCUUCCUCCCUCCCUCCUAAUGAAGUUAGGAAUAAUCAACCUUCCCUCCCUCCUCUCUAUCACUCUCGCCACUCCUCCUUCUUUCUCUUCUUCUGUCCCUCAUCUCUUUUUCUUUAUUCAAUAACGGUUCAAAAAUAUGGAAGACGUUUAAAAUAUGUAACUUCUUUACUACUUUAGUAAUGUUAAUGGACAGUAACUUCAACCUUCAUCUGUACCCAUUCCCUCCUCUCUUCCUCUCCCCUCUCCUCCCAGGUGCGGCGGCCCUGUCUGGAGCGGUGACCCACACGGUAUCGACGGCGGUCAUUGUGUUUGAGCUGACGGGUCAGAUCAGCCACAUCCUGCCGGUGAUGAUAGCGGUGAUACUGGCCAACGCUGUAGCCCAGUCCCUCCAGCCCUCGCUAUAUGACUCCAUCAUCCGGAUCAAGAAAUUACCCUACCUCCCUGAACUGGGCUGGGGACACCACGAGUGCGUAGGACUACACAUCUAUCUAUCCCCCUAUUUCUCUUCCUCCCCUCUUUAUCUUUACAACUAUUUAUCCCCCUUUCUUUCUCUGUCUUUUUCUCAUUCUCUUUAAAUCUCUCUUGGUUCCUCGUGCUGGGUUGGGGACUAGUGAAGGGACUAGUGAGGGGACUAGUGGUUCCUCUUGCUGUGUUGGGGACUAGUGAGGGGACAAGUGGUUCCUCUUGGUGGGUUGGGGACUAGUGAAGGGACUAGUGAGGGGACUAGUGGUUCCUCUUGCUGUGUUGGGGACUAGUGAAGGGACUAGUGGUUCCUCUUGGUGGGUUGGGGACUAGUGAGGGGACUAGUGGUUCCUCUUGGUGGGUUAGGGACUAGUGAGGGGACUAGUGGUUCCUCUUGGUGGGUUAGGGACUAGUGAAGGGACUAGUGGUUCCUCUUGGUGGGUUGGGGACUAGUGAAGGGACUAGUGAGGGGACUAGUGGUUCCUCUUGGUGGGUUGGACACCAGGCACUAUGCUCUUGGUUUGGGACCAGUGAAGGGACGGAGGGGAUCAGUGGUUUUUUGUGUGUGGGGACUAUGAGACAUUGGUUUAUGGGAGCUAAAUGAAGGACUAUUGUUUCAUUGUGCUGGUUGGGAAUUCUAGUUGAAUGUAUAUGAGGACGAGUGUUACACUUGUGUUUACAUGAGGGGCAUGGUUCCUCCUACUGACAUGGGUUGGGCUAUAACAGGAUCGGACCAGUGUUCCCCUAGUUGUGGGAAAGCAUAGGGCUAGUGUCCUCUCUCCUGUUUGACUAUAUAAAUGGCCUUUGGUGGCUGGGGCAUUCGUUAUAAACCCUGAUGUACUGAGGGAAUGUAUUGUUCCGUCUUUGGGGUUUAAAUAAUGGGACCACCUCGUCAACUAUGAAGAUCUAAGCCGUUUCCUCUGGUACUGGUUGGGAAGUCAACCGGGGGGCUUUGGCCCUUUGGUUGGGCUAUAUGGGCAAUGGGUUUCCUCUUGGUGGGUUUGGGGACUAGUGAGGGGACUAGUGGUGCCUCUUGGUGGGUUGAGGGACUAGUGAGGGGACUAGUGGUUCCUCUUGGUGGGUUAGGGACUAGUGAAGGGACUAGUGGUUCCUCUUGGUGGGUUAGGGACUAGUGAGGGGACUAGUGGUUCCUCUUGGUGGGUUAGGGACUAGUGAAGGGACUAGUGAGGGGACUAGUGGUUCCUCUUGGUGGGUUAGGGACUAGUGAAGGGACUAGUGAGGGGACAAGUGGUUCCUAUUGCUGGGUUGGUUCUUCUUGUGCUCUAUCUCUCUCUCUCCUUCCCUUUCCCUCUCGCUCUCCUUCACUCCACCCACUAUGCUUUGAUUUCACCAAUGGGGACGGAGCGGAUCAGGAGUGUGUGUGUGCGUCAUUAGACAUUGUUAUGUGAGCUAAGUGUAGGUCGUAUUGUUUUUCAUUGUGCUGUUACAUAAUUUCUCAUUUACAUGUAGAUUAUACAGAGUUACAACAUGUAGUUACACAAUGUGCAGCAGUGUACACACAAACACACUGACAGCAGUUGACACAAACACGAUCACGUAGACCAGUAUUCUCAGAGUUGUGAGAAAGCAGCAUGCCCUGUCACCUCUCCUGUUCAUCUAUCAUUAAUGGCCUGUUAGAGUACGGCUGACAUUCGUUAUAACCUGAAGUACUAAAGCAAUGUAUCUGUUCUGUUUCUGUUAACUAAUGACCAACCACCCACACUCUCUAAUGACCACACCUCUUAAGCCCCGUUUCCACUGGUACUUUGAAGUCAACCCGGGUUGGGCUGGCCUUGGUGGGCUAUCUCGAAUUGGGUUUCCACUGCCUCCAGAAAUUUUGCUAAGUAGCCGUGACUGUGCAGCUGGCUUCGCUAAUGUUGCUAGCUAGCUAGCAAGAUGUUGAAGAAUUGUAUUCACCCUCACCAUGCUGUAACUAACGUUACCCCAUACUCAUGCCAUUGGCAACCAGACUCACAGCCAUGUAUUUAGCAAAGAUUUUUAGCUUGCUAAUGUUAGCUAGCUAGCUAAACGGUUAGUGUCAUCGCUAGCAUAACAGGCUAACUAGAUAGCUAGCUUAAUUCCUACCUUGCUUGCCAUGGCAUUGGCUAUUAGCAAGCUAGCAAACCAGACAACAGGUUUGAUAUGAUGUAGCUAGCUAAAAUUCCUGCUUGCUAACGUUAGCUAGCUAGCUAGCUAGCUUGUUUCAACUCUGGGGUUUUAAGCUGAAUUUCUGUAUAUGCACUUUGACACCUGCUGAUGUAAAAAGGGCUUUAUAAAUGCAUGUGAUUGCUACCUAACGUUAGCUAGCAAAUCAAACAUUCAAGGGCUGACUGUUCUCAUAAAAGUUUGUGUAGUGCAAAAAUGAAUGAUGGAUCCAGCUAUGGUGGAAAAUUCGUGUCAUGUCUGACUACAGCAGUUCUGCUUGUCCAUGUGCUAGCUAACACCAACGAGCUAGCUAAACGUUGUCAGCAUCCAGCAGUGAUCAGCUGGUGGUUGCAAAGUAACGGCGUCACCAGCCCGAAUUCUAAUCGAGCUGGCACCAGUUGUUAAAAUGGACCGAGCUGGCCUGGGUUUCCCCCGACCCAGCUAGAAUUUCAGAAUUACAUUCGAGCCAACCUGAAUUUGGCCCUAAUUCUAAGUGCCAGUGGAAACUGGGCUUUAGUCUGAACACUGGAAGCAUCUACCUGGGAGAGAGGUGUUUUCCAAAACCUAAAACCAUUCUGUUAUUUUAUAAGACCAUGGUAAAGAUGUGUGUGUGUUCCUGUUGCUGGUGGAGGGCUAAAGAGCAGAACAUGGUGUAAUGAUGCAUAAGGCUCCUUUUUUCGCUCUCGCUUUCUAUCACUCUCUUUCUUUCUCACUUUCGCUCUCGCUUUCUCUUUCUACCCUUCGUGCUCUCUCCCCCUCUCACUCACUCUCUCUCUCCCCCUCUCACUCUCUCUCUACCCCCUCUCACUCUCUCUCUCCCCCUCUCACUCACUCUCUCUCUACCCCCCUCUCACUCACUCUCUCUCUCCCCCUCUCACUCACUCUCUCUCUCCCCCUCUCCCCUGCUCUCCCUCUCACUCCUCUCUCUCCCCUCUCCUCACUCUCUCCUCCCCUCUCACCCCCCCCCUCUCUCUCUCCCCCUCUCACCACUUCCUCUCCCCUCUCACUCCCUCCUCCCCCUCUCACUCACUCCUCUAACCCCCCUCUUCCACUCUCUCUCUCCCCCUCUCACUCCCUCUCUCCCCCUCUCCUCACUCUCUCCUCUCCCCUCUCACUCUCUCUCCCUCUCCCCUCACUCCUCUCUCUACUACCCUCUCACUCUCUCUCCUCCCCCUCUCACUCACUCUCUCUCUCUCCCCUCUCACUCCUCCCCCUCUACCCCUCUCACUCUCUCCCCUCUCCCCCCCUCACUCCUCUCUCUCUCCCCCUCUUACUCACCCCUCUCUCCCCCCCCUCUCACUCACCCCUCUCUCUACCCCUCUUACUCCCCUCUCUCUCUACCCCUCUCACUCACUCUCUCUCUCUCCCCCCCUCACUUCCUCUAACCCCUCUCACUCUCUCUCCUCCUCCCCCUCUCACUCCUUUCCCCUCCCCCCUCACUCUCUCUCCCCCCCCCCUCUCACCCCCUCUCUCUCCCCCUCUCACUCACUCUCUCUCUCCCCUCUCACUCUCUCUCUCUCCCCCUCUCCUCUCGCUCUCUAACCCCCCUCUCACUCCUCUCCCUCUCUCCUCUCUCCCUCUCCCUCACUUCACUCUCCUCUCCCCCUCUCUCCCUCUCUCUCCUCCCCCUCUCACUCACUCUCUCUCUCCCCCCCCUACUCCCUCUCCCCCCUCUCACCCCUCUCCUCCUCCCCUCACUCACUCUCUCCCCUCUACCCCUCUCCUCUUCUCUCCCUCUACUACCCCCUCACCCCUCACUUCCUCCCCCCCCUCUCACUCACUCUCUCCUCCCCUCUCCACUCCCCUCUCUCCCCCCCUCACUCACUCUCUCUCCCCCUCCUCACUCCCCUCCCCUCUCCUCUCCCCCCUCUUCUCACUCUCUCUCUCCCCCUCACCACUCUCUCUCUCUACCCCUCUUACUCACCUCUCUCCCCCUCUACCCUCUCUCUCUCCCCUCUCAUCACCCCCCUCUCUCUCUCCCUCUCACUCCUCUCCCCUCCCCUCAUCCUCUCCCUCCCUCUCACUCCCCCCCCCUCUCACUCACUCUCUCCCUCUCCCCUCUCCUAACCCCUCCCUCACCUCUCUCUUUCCCCCCUCACUCACUCUCUCUCUCCCUCUCUCCCCCUCUCACCCCUCUCCCCUCCUCUCCCCCUCCUCUCCCCUCCUACCCCCUCUCCUCUCCCCCUCUCACUCCUCUACCUCUCUCACCCCCUUCUCCUCUCCUCUCCCCCUCUCACUCACUCUCUCUCUCCUCUCUACCCCUCUCAUCACUCUCCUCUCCUCCCCCCCUCUACUCUCCCUCUCUACCCCCUCCCAUCCCUCUCUCCCACCCCCCCCACCUCCUCUCCCCUCUCACUCACUCUCUCCCCCUCCCCCCUCUCCCCCCUUCCCCUCUCACUCCCCCCCUCCUCUCUCCCCCCCUCCCCCCUCUCCUCUCUCCCCCCUCUCACUCACUCUCUCUCCCCCCUUCCACCCCCUCUCACUCACUCUCUCCCCUAACCCCCCCUCACUCCCCCUCUCCCCUCUACCCCUCUCUCUCUCCCCCCCCUCACUCACUCUCUCUCUUCUCCCCCCUCACUCCCUUUUCUCCCCCUCUCACUCUCUCUCUCUACCCCCUCUCACUCACUCUCUCUCUACCCCUCUCAUCACCUCCUCCUCUACCCCUCUCACUCUCUCUCUCCCCCCCUCAUCACUCUCCUCUACCCCCUCCUCACUCCUCUCUCUCCCCUCCACUCUCUCUCUCUAAACCCCCUUCACUCUCCUCUCUCCCCCUCUCACCCUCCUCUCUCCCCUCCUCAUCCUCUCUCUCUCCCCCCUACUCACUCUCCUCUCUUCCCCUCCUCACUCUCUCUCCCCCUCUCACUCACCUCUCUCUCACCACUCCUCCCCCUCUCUACCUCUCCCCUCCUCUCCUCUCCCCCCUCUCACUCACUCUCUCUCUCCCCCUCUCACCACUCCUCUCUAACCCCCCCCACUCCUCUCUCCCCUCCCCUCUCCUCCCUCUCUACCCCUUUUCCUCACCUUCCUCCCCCCCCUCUCCCUCACUCUCUCUCCCCCCUCUCACUCCCUCUCUCUCCCCCCUUCUUCACUCUCCCCUCUCACCCCCCCUCUUACUCACCUCUCUCUCCCCCUCUCUCACUCUACCCUCUCCCCCUCUCACCCUCUCUCUCUACCCCCUCCCCUCUCUCUCUACCCCCUCCCCCUCUCUUCCUACCCCUCUCCUUCACUCUUUCCUUCCCUCUCUUCUCCCCCUCCCUAUUUUCUUCCUCUCCCUCUUUCCUCUCACCUCUCUCUCUCCCCUCUCACUUCCCCCUCUCCUCCCCUCUCUCUUCUCCUCCCUCUCCUCUCCUCUCUCUCUCUAUCCCCCCCCACUUCUUCUUCCCAUUACUGCAUCUUUUUACCCCCUUACAUUCUAUUUAGGUUAAA